UUAAACUAAGUCCAUAUUCAUAGUAAACCAAACACCACAUCUUCUUGUGUUCGCUGUCAUUCUGUUAGAAAGCUAAUGAGCGUCUACGCCUGAGGAGGAGGUACUGGAAUGAGUGAUGCAGGACAAACUGGUUAUGCAUGUGAGUGACAAGACAAUAUGUGGAGUUUCGCCCAACGAUUCCCUCCAACUGAAGUCUCUGGACCAUAUUCUUCGUCCCUACCAUUUUUGGCCUAAGCAUGCCCUUACUUCAGGGGGAGGAAGAAAAGUUGAGAAACAGUUCAACUGGAGCUUCCUGAAACGUGGCAUUGCUCCGUUUCCACCUGUUAUUGUGUGUUAAGAGACCAACCAUUUCAUCUUUCCCAACCAGCUCUAACAACAGUUAAGUUUGUUGACGUCUUUACAGCCUAAUAUGGCAAUAUUGUCUACUCAGAGUUGUAAUACUUUGCUUAAGACUGAUUGGCCAAAACAACAGACUUGCACUUUCUAAAGCACAUAAAUACCAAAGAGAGCUACCACACGAUGUCUUUGAUUUGAUCAAGGAACACUGGUGGGACGGCUACAGAAUGUCAGCUCUCAGCCUGAUCGCUUUGGUCAGCUUGGUGUCCACUGUUUUUGCCAAGCAGUGGGAUGCACACCCACCCCAACAGCACAGACACUGGGCACAGAUAUGCCGUGGGAAUCCUACCAACAAAAUCCGAGGCUGUGAUAAAUACGGCUGUGGUGGCUAUGGCGCUCACAGACACGGUGGUAAAGGAAAGCACGUGGGUGUGGAUGUCAUCUGCGCUGAUGGAGCAACAGUGUACGCUCCCUUUUCUGGCCAGCUCUCCGGACCCAUUAAAUUCUUUCAUAAUGGAAAUGCCAUUGAUGAUGGAGUCCAAAUCACGGGAUCAGGUUACUGCGUAAAACUCGUCUGUAUUCACCCCAUCAGAUACCAUGGCACCAUCCAGAGAGGGCAAGAACUCGGAAGAAUGCUGCCAAUGCAGAGAGUAUUUCCUGGCAUUAUCUCUCACAUUCACGUUGAGAACUGUGACCGCUCUGAUCCUACUGAUCUACUUAAACCUGAUAUUCCACCAUUUCCACAACAAGAUCAAAAGUGGGCAGCAGUAUGUUCUGGGAAUCCUGUAAAUGAGAUAAGAGGCUGUGAUAAAUACGGCUGUGGAUACUACGGCGCUCCAAGGCGCAAUGGUAAAGGAAAGCACGUGGGUGUGGAUGUCAUCUGCGCUGAUGGAGCAACAGUGUACGCUCCCUUUUCUGGCCAGCUCUCCGGACCCAUUAAAUUCUUUCAUAAUGGAAAUGCCAUUGAUGAUGGAGUCCAAAUCAUGGGAUCAGGUUUCUGCGUAAAACUGCUCUGCAUCCAUCCCAUUCGAUACAGCGGUAGCAUUGCUAAGGGGCAAGUCCUUGGGAGAAUGCUGCCAAUGCAAAGAGUGUUUCCUGGUAUCGUAUCUCAUAUUCAUGUCGAGAACUGCGAUCGCUCAGAUCCUACAAGCAAUCUCGAAAGGGGGAAAGGAAAAGGAAGAUAAAACAGGAGUGUAGUAAAUUCAAAAUAAAUUCAUCUCAGCAUCCAGAAG